GUUUGACAGCACUUUGACAGUUGACAGUUUGCAUUUGCGUCUUUUCCUGGUUUUCUGUCUACUCUACCACCAGCCAUUAAGAAAUUAUUGAAUUUUAGUGUUAUUUUAUUUAAAGUUAAGUAAUAAUAAUUAGUAUUAUUACAUUAUCUCUAUUUUAAAUUACGCCUUGAGCUGGUGGUGUGUAAAGGUUCAAAAUGAAGGGGGAUGAUAGUAAAAACCAAGAACCUGAGCAAUUCAGGAAACUAUUUAUUGGUGGACUUGAUUUCCGCACUACUGACGAAUCUCUAAAGGAACAUUUUGAAAAAUGGGGUACAAUUGUGGACGUUGUGGUAAUGAAGGAUCCUACAACCAAAAGAUCAAGAGGAUUUGGCUUUAUUACGUAUUCAAAGGCCCAAAUGGUGGAUGAUGCUCAAAAUGCCAGGCCUCACAGAGUUGACGGUAGAGUAGUUGAACCUAAGAGAGCUAUACCAAGACAAGAUAUUGGUAGACCUGACGCUGGAGCAACGGUAAAAAAAUUGUUUGUCGGUGGAAUGAAAGAUGAUAUUGAAGAAGAAGACCUAAAAGAGUAUUUCACGAAGUUUGGUAACAUUAUGUCCGUCAGUGUUGUUUGCGACAAAGAUUCUGGAAAAAAGAGGGGAUUUGGAUUUGUUGAAUUUGAAGAUUAUGAUUCUGUUGAUAAAGUUAUCUUACAAAGAAGCCACACAAUCAAAGGUAGGAAUGUCGAUGUUAAAAAGGCCUUGAGCAAAUCAGAGAUGGAUCGUUCUGGAAAUAGAGGAGGAGGUUCAAUGGGUGGUGGCAGAGGUGGAAACUUCAACCAAGACAACUUGCGUCAUAUAAUAGGUGGCGGAGGUGGAAACUGGAACCGUGGAGGUGGAGAUUGGAAUCAAGGCGGAGCAGGAGGUUAUGGAGGAGGUGGCGGUGGUGGACCCUGGUCUCAAGGACCAUGGGAUAAUAGCCAAGGUGGGCAAGAUGGUGGCCAAGGAGUAUCCGGAGGAUGGAAUCAAGGUGGAUACAACAAUCAAGGAGCAGCAGGACCAUGGGGACAAGGAGGACAAGACAACUUUGGUAACAACUAUCAGCAGAGUUAUGGAGGUGGGGCUAUGAGAAACAAUUUUCAGCAACCAAGACCCGGACCAUACAAUAAUUCGUCAAAUUCUGGAAAUAGGGACAGUAGUGAGAAUACAGGAGGUGGCUAUGGUGGUGGUGGUUUCAAUGCCGGCAACCAAGGCGGUCCAGGAGGCAACAGGAGAUAUUAAGACGUAAGUGCACCGAUACACUGCAGAAGUUGUUUCAUGCUAAAAGUAUAUCGAUGCAGUGCAAGUGUACCUCAUAUCGCAUAAGCAAAAAUUCAUCCACUCAUUUUAUAAAUCCACAAAUUACUAGGGAAUUUAGAGUUUCGUCAGUCAGUGUUAGGAAAUCUUAAAAAGUGACAGCAUAGACUUUCGUUUAGUGUUUUCGGUUAAUUUUUAAGGAACUUUUUGAUAAUGCAGAUUUAAUUUUAGAAUGUCGUAUAACUUACUUAAGGUAGUAGUUUUGUAUUGUGUGACCUAUUAAAUUUUGACUCUACCUCUAUCGAGAUAGGUACGUAGGUUAACUGUUGUAUUGUAUUUUCAGAUUAAAGAUAUGUAGUAAACAUAA